CAUCAUUCCAUCUGGAAAACGCCCCGAGUCACAGUCAGAGGACAUGACACAUUCUUUACCAUCUCAUUGGUUCAAAGACCUGCUGUACGACUACGGGCGGACGUCCGGGCCGGCUUCUCAUCCACCCGACUCGUCCAACGGCAACGGCCUUUGACACGAAAACUCCGAAGUGGCGCACCCGUCCACGGACUGUUGUGACACUGGAUAUUGGAUGCAACAAGCCACUCGGAGAUGCUGUUCGUAAGCAGACAUGGAGCCAUACUGAGCGAGCCACGAGACUGAUUACGUUCCACAAACGUAUGACGAUUGACCAGCUCCUUCGAAUGUGUCUUGGACUCUCAGCUAGCAUCUAAAUAUCGAGCUACCCCACACCAGAUCUCAUGUUGCCUUUCCCCAGACCAUCCACCCGCAGAUCAUCCCUAUAUCACCACCACACCAGCUACAUCUCAAGAUCCACCGCGCACACACCAACGACAACACGCAAUAUGGCGAUAAAAGCGUCCACCGGAGUCUGCAAACCCUCCGAACUAGCCCACCUCGUCCUCCGCACCGCCAACCCCGAAAAGCUAGUCUCCUUCUACCAAACCUUCCUCGACGCAGAAAUCACCGCCUCAAGCCCCCUCAUCACCUUCCUCACAUGGGACCACGAGCACCACCGCCUCGCCAUCCUCAACGAUCCCACCGCCGUUCCGCGACAAGACAACACCGUCGGCAUGGACCACUUCGCUCUGACCUUUGACUCCCUCGGCGACCUGCUGCAGUCCUACAAGGCUCGCAGGGACCUGGGUAUUGAGCCUAUUUGGUGCGUCAACCACGGCAUGUCGACGAGUAUGUACUACCGCGACCCGGACGGCGGCAAGAUUGAGACGCAGGUGGAUGUGUUUGAGACCAAGGAGGAUGCUGUUGCGUAUAUGAUGAGUGAGGAGUUUGGGGAGGAUCCGAGGGGGCCCAAGUUUGAUCCUGAGGAGAUGGUGAAGAGGUUUGAGGCUGGCGAGGAUGAGAAGAGUUUGAUGAAAAGGACGGCUUUUGCGAAGGAGGAGGUAAAGGUUUGAUUUAGGCUGUGUUUUUCAUCAUGAUAUUAUGGAUUUGGGGAAUGCAUGGUGCUCGUGUAAGUCAUAGCUGCACUUAAUGAUUGCAUGCAAUGAGGAUGAUAGCACCCUUGGCACAUAAUUGAGAUACGAUCA